UACUUUAAGUUCAGAAUGCCAUAUAUUUACGACCAUGUUACAUAUACAAGGUGGAAGGCGAUAUUACUAGAGAUUGCUAACUUUCAGGCAACUUUUCUAUGGAAUUUUACUGAUAUAUUUAUAAUGGCAUUUAGUAUUUACCUUACAUCUUACUGUAAUGCUUUAUAUGACCAUAUUAACAAAUACAUCAAGGAAGGAAAAGAAUCCGGCUCUUGGAGCAAUUUACGAAAUCGAUAUUGUCAUUUGAUGGCACUUGUUGAAAUUGUAGAUUCAAAGAUAAGUCGUUUCGUGUUGCUGGCAUUCUUCAUCGAUAUAUUUUUUAUAUGUCUACAGCUCUUCAACACGCUUAAAGCUCUCAACGGCGUCGCACAUUCAGUUUAUUAUUCAUUUUCUUUUCUAUUUUUGAUCCUGAGGGCCAUGCUUAUGUCACUGUUAGCAGCCGAAGUGCACGCAGCGGCUCGGAAGCCGGUAAUUGUUUUGAGAAAUGUACAAUCUUCUGUAUAUAAUGUAGAGAUUCAACGCAUGCUACAUCAAAUGACAUACAGAAAGCUUGCGCUCAGCGGAUUUUUUUUUUAUAUUACAAGAAAUAUGAUCUUAAAGGUGGCUGCUGCGAUAGUGACAUACGAAUUAGUUUUGUUGCAAUUUGGCAAAGGCAAUGGAAAACGUUCGUCAAAACUUGAUGAUGGUGUAGUGGAAAACAGCAAAGAUUUUUAA